AUGGCUACGUCAGCCCUAAGCUCCACCUACCGGCGGCGCCUUCUAAACUCGUUCUUCCUUCCCUCUUCCCCUUUUCUGCUUUUGUCCGCCAUCGUGGUGUGUGCUUUUGGCCCAGCUUCUCACCAUGUCUUCUCACAAGACUUUCAGAAUCAAACGAUUCCUGGCCAAGAAACAAAAGCAAAAUCGUCCCAUUCCCCAGUGGAUUCGUAUGAAAACUGGUAACAAAAUCAGGUACAACUCUAAGAGGAGACACUGGAGGAGAACCAAGCUGGGUCUGUAAGGAAUUAUGAGAGAUGGCACACAUAUUUAUGCUCUUCCGUGGUUGGCGAUCAUCUUGGCAUCAAGCUGGCUUGUCACACUACCUGGACAGUUGGGUGUUUUAAAUUGGAAUUCUUUGAUUACCUUAAGGAUGGUGUAGUAAUAAAUAUGUGAAACCUUUUGAACUGC